AUGGAAGAGCAGGCGGACGCUACUAAAAGCCAGCGCGACUCGGCUCCGACCCCAGUCAGCGGGAGCAGCGGCAGCGGGAGCGAUGGCGAGAGCGUCCCGGUGUCUCCCAGCGGCCACGCUCCCUUGUCUCCCGCCGCGCCUUGCCUCGUGCCUCUUCCCCAUCACCCGCCGCCCCCACCGCCACCGCCACCGCCGCCGCCGCCUCAGCACCGCACCACCAACUUUUUCAUCGACAACAUCCUGAGGCCGGACUUUGGCUGCAAGAAAGAGCACCUCUUGAUCCUGGCCGGCGGCCCUGCGGCGUCCGGAGGAGGAGGAGGAGGAGGGGGAGGAGGAGGGGGAGGCAGCGGCGGAGGCGGCGGCGGCGGCCGGGACAGAGACCUAGAUCGCGCGGCCAGCUCAGGUAGAGAAAAUGUCAGCCCACUGCUCGGCAGGCCCCUCAACCCGGCCUCCACUCUCCUUAGCGCCGACUCGCCCGGGAACCCCGACAGCUCCUCCACGGCCUCCAAAGCCAGCCCCGCCGCGGCGGCAGCAGCGGUAGGGACGGCCAAGCCCCCCUCCACUACCUCCUCCUCCACCUCCUCCACCUCUUCCACCUCCUCCUCCUCUUCCUCCUCCUCCUCCUCCUGCUCGGAAGGGAGUGGAACUAACCCGGCGAAGUACGGGGAGCCCGCCAACCCGGCCAUCCUCCUCGUGGGCUCCGGGAAUGGAGGAGUGGGGGCCUCCGGCGAGGGUCAACAGCCGCUGGUUUGGCCGGCCUGGGUUUACUGCACUAGGUAUUCAGACAGACCGUCCUCGGGUCCCCGAACGAGGAAGCUGAAGAAGAAGAAGAACGAGAAGGAGGACAAGCGGCCGCGCACGGCCUUCACCGCCGAGCAGCUGCAGAGACUCAAGGCGGAGUUCCAGGCCAACCGCUACAUCACCGAGCAGCGGCGGCAGACGUUGGCCCAGGAGCUGAGCCUCAACGAGUCCCAGAUCAAGAUCUGGUUCCAGAACAAGCGGGCCAAGAUCAAGAAAGCCACCGGCAUCAAGAACGGCCUGGCCCUUCACCUCAUGGCCCAAGGACUGUACAAUCAUUCCACCACCACCGUGCAGGACAAAGAGGACAGCGAGUGA